UUCGCUUGUUUGGUUUAUGGGGUUUUUUUGUUGUUGUUUUACCUGAUAGUUCUCUGAGCUAUGGCAUUCAUUUUCAAAAGGUGUUGUGAAUGUUUGGGGUUUUUUAAAAUUUUUUUUGGUUGAAAAGUUUUCUGAUUGUGAAGUUUGAAAGAUGAGCUGUGUUAGGUUUGAGAUAUGGGCCUGUCUCUCCUUUUUGCUCUCUACACAUUUGCAAGUGAUUCCUCCCAGCCUGCAAUGUAUUUAUUUUUUGACCUAGUUUUUGUUGAACUUUGUAUUCCUUUUUGCAUUUAAGCACUUCGAGAAUUUUUCUUUGUUUCAGUAAACUUCUCUUACUUUGCUAUUUAGUGAUGCUGAUCCGUAUUUUGCUUUAAUUUAUUUUGAGUGUUAUUCACAUUUCCCUUGCAGUACAUUACAUUUUCUCUAAUGCAGAAGAUUUUUUCCUCCACUCUUUCACUGCAAGCAUUUAAUCAACUUAAUUUUUACAUAUUGAGAGGCUUGGGAGAUGAGGCAGAGAUCUUGUGCUUGUUCAGAUUGCUUCAUGGUUGUAAUUCUGCUCUGGCUACACAGUCAGCAAGUUGUCAGAAUAGCAUGUUCUUCUAAGUAGUUAAUUUUAAAUUCAUUCUAUUUGUUUUUAUAAACUGGUAACUUUACAAAAGGGUAUUUUUACUGCAGUUCCUGCCAUUAAUAGAAAGAAACAGCUUAAUGAGCACAUAUGUAGCUGCAAUUCAGAAUGAGUUUAAGAAUGUUGCAAAGAGCUUUGGCUGACUGGAAAGUUACUUUGAGAGGAGAACUGAGAUAUUUUCCAGAUGGGAUUGCAGCAGUUUUAACUCUGAAUUUAUCAGUUAAUAAAAGGGGUUUGUGCUUUGAGACAAUUAUUGAAUAAUAUGUGUAGGUCUUGCAGCACAAAAGAGCUGCUGAGCUUCAAUGUUUCUUACACAGAAACUUGUAUUUGAUGGGUUGAAACUUUGAUUUUUUUUUUUUUUGAUGAAACUUGAUUUGAAGAGUUGUUUCACUUCUGUGUUGCAUCAAAAACUGGGAAAUAUUUUAUAGUAUUUUAUGCUGCUUUGGUUGAUGGCAGACAGAAGGAUGUGUUCUCAGCUGACCAGCUCCAUGGUGAUGUUGCCCUAAAACAUUUCCUUUGACUUGGACAAUUCUUGCAGUAGCAACAUUUUGUAGAAAAAUUAAUUGCAUUGGGCAUUAGGAAGAAGGGUUCAGAUUGGAUUCCUGAGGCCGUCAGUCUUGCAGCAGAAGUAAACUUACUCAUAUAUGGAAGAGUUUCCUAGAUUUAUUUUAAGAAGAAUUCUGGGAAUCAGCAUAAAAAGGAAUGUCACCAACAGGUAGAAUUUUAGAAGCAGCAACAAUUUUACCUCAGCAAGUGCAGUUCCUUUGUCAGGGACUGUUAUUUUCUUGCCCAUAUUGAAUGUGUUUCCAAAUCUAAUGACUAUUUUUAAAGAUAAGCAAAUUUAUUAAGAGAAUAGUGGGUGAAGGGGAAUUGUGUUUACUCUGAGGAUAGGCAGAGGGUUGGCUGGCUAGUUAGAGCUUGUCUUUGGGACUGGCACAUCUGUACCUUGGAUUUAUUGAAAGGUGCUCAGUUCAAACCUGGUCUUAGUCUCAGACACUUUAUAAUAUAAAUAUAUAUACUUAAACUUGGGAACCAACACUAACAGUGUGGGCAGCAGUGGCAGUUUUAUGUGUUCUGGCACAUUGUCUGAUACAAUUUUCCAGAUGAAUCAUUAUGGUCAUAUAUUAAAGACCAACAGGCAGCCUGCUUUUAUAAGCUGUGAACAGCAGAUACAAACCUUAUUUUUCCAUUUUACUUCUUCAAGAGCUUGAGCAAAAGUGUUGCAUCUUGAGCACGAACCUAUAUUUAGAAAUGAAAUGACAACAGAAAUGGGAAUGCUCAGUUCAAUUGACAAUUCAAUCUAAUUGUGGGCAUUUGAGGAGUGAAAGACUAUAAAGAAUCAGACUUAUCAGGAGAUUGCAAUAAUUUAAGGAAUAAAAUCCCAGGCACUUAUCAGCUGGUGUACUUUGUGGGUCCUUUGGUUCUGUUUGCCCCAUGAGAGAUUCAAUAUCUAUUUCAUUUUUCUCAGUAUUGAAGACAUUGGGACGUGGGUUAACAGGGAAAAUAUGAGAAAAGAAAGUUAAAGAAGGCAAAAAUGACAUGGGAUGGAAAGAAAAGCUGCAGACCACGACAGUAUUUUCAAGUGAGGUGCAAAAAUAAUCAGGCAAUAACAAAAAAAGGGAAUAUACAUUUCACAACAGAAGCACUGAAAAAUGUAGCAGAGUCAAAACUAUCAAUAGAAACAAUAAUGUAAAUUAUACUAUAGAAAUAAGAAAAAAAUAAUCCUCUUUUGAACUUUGCAUAAUUUUCCCCCUGUGGUUGUCUAGACACAGAUAUAUCUUUUUGUUUUGUUUGAAAAAUGUUCUUUCCACUUGAAUAGGUCAGCUGCUAGAUAAGAUAUAAUAACAUAAUGGCAAACAGAUUUGAAAUUGCUACACAUUUCUGGAGACUGUAGCUUUAUACAGAAAUGGAACAAUUCUUAAAUAUCUGUGAUGUAGUGUUUGAGAGAGACAUCUUGGGGUAUUACUGCUAGUAACCAAAUUCAGGAAAGCUGCUUGUGACAUCAUGCCAAGGCUGAGAGGAGAGCUGAAAGAGCUCAUGUGUAAGAGACAUCCUUGUGGAAUUCUUUUUGGGAUGCCAGAAAGUCUCCUGAAACUCAGCUGCAUAUAAUUUACUGAAGAAUUUAUCAUGUUUAGUUAAAAAAGUCAAUUGCAUAAGGCAAGGCUCUUAAUAAAAUCCAUAUAAAGCCAAGGUAUAACCCUAAAAGUGCAUCAUAUUUCAUUGUGAAAGAGUGGUGAGUUUGAUACUAAGACUGAAAAUGAACUUAAAUAUACUGUGAACACCCAUCUUAUUAAAAUGAGCUGCUCUGUUGUCAGAGCAAGUGAUCAGAGCUGUUUGUGUGUGAGCUCUUGUGAAGAAGCUGUUGGUAAGAAAGAUGUUUAAAGUAUUUGCCACCUGAUUUCUUGUUAAAUACAUUAAAUAUAUAAAUACAUUAAAAUACAUAAAUACCACCACCAUUUCAGUCAUUAGGCAUUUUCCAACUCAGCUUCUAACUGUCUGCAGAGAGUUUAUUGAAAUUAAUUGUGUUCCUGCACCACUCUCUGAGGCUCACUGUCUUUAUGACACAGUGGUCUGGCAUGGUUUUAGUGUUUUGUGUGGCUUGGUUUAGAUAUCAGUGCAGAAACUCCAGAAAAAUGUUUCAGCUUCCAGGGCUGUUUGAUUUUAAUCCCAGCUUUGUCAUGUUCAGAUGAAUUGUUUUCUUAGAAGUUCUGUGUACAGGCUACAUUUCCCUACUUAGGCAUUAAUUCAAUUAUUUUUUUUCUUUCAAGACAUGUUUAUUAGAUGGCAAAUUGGCAAAUUUACACUCGCUAUAAAACUUCCUUAUCAAGAUUUUAAACUCAAAUCUGUGUCAUUGUAAAGGAACCCUUUCAAGGUCAGCAAGAGACUGCUUUGCAACUGUUCUGCAUUAGUUGUGAAAUCAAAUUAUUUUGGCUUUAUGUGCUACUCAUAACCCCCUUGCAUUUCAUUAUUGUGGCUACAAUUUGUAGGCCAUUAAAACAAUAAAAUACAGAUUCAUCAACAGAAAAAAACAAAACUGUCCUAAAAUUUCCUUAUGCUUCUGUAAAGUUGGGCACUUGUCCAGGAAGUGCAGAGGAUUUUGUUGGGGUUUUUGGGUUUUUUUUUCAUUAAAAUUUAUCUUUUGGGGGAGAGUAUACCCACAGAAAUUGAACUUCGGAGCAGACCUUUUGAACUUGUAAACUGCUGUCUAGCUCAAAGAAAAUUCUUGUAAUUUGUGCUCAGCUGGAUGGGAUUUUGGGAAGAGAGGGGGAAUGAACUUGAAACAAGAGAACAGUGUUUGCUUCAAUUUUAAUGUUUUUUUUUUUUUUAGCAGUUUCUUUCCCCCCUUCCUCAUAUUUUAUGUGUAUAAACUGCAAACUACGGAUUAGGUAGCUGUGGAUUUGUAUAAGUAAUACAGAAAGUAAUACUUUCCUCAAUAGCAUUUUAUUUAUUUAUUUAUUUUGGUUUCAGAACGAAGCUAGAGCAAUCCUGCCUGGAUGAAAACAUUUCUCAUUCAGGAAGCAGCUCUUAUGUCCGUGGCACUUUGCAUUUUGAAAAUAAAAUUUAAAAAUAAAAAUAAACUUUUUUAAAAAAAUAAAAUUUUGAUUUACCAGUCGUGAAUCUACGUGGAACUUCAGAGAGCAAUAACAAAGCAAAUGAUGAAAAGUUAAAAGAUGAAGGAAUAAAAGCUUAGGUAAAAAUGUGAAAUAUGAUUUAGUGCUUGUUUCUUGGAAGUGCCCACUAGCUGGCAAAUGAAUAGUGUAAUUCUUAUCAAGAAGAUGGCUUUUCAUUGCUAAUGGUAGACUGCAGAAUUCAUCUGAAUUUUGCAAUGUGGACAUGUGCUGUAGCAAGGAUUCUUUUCUUAGUAAGAAAAUUACCUCCCAAGGUAUUAUGUGAUUAAAAAUCAAGUGAAUGCAGUUAGUGCUACAUGACUAUAAAUGAACUAUUUUUUGCAGUGUCUCUGGAAUAUGGACUGGGAUGUUUGGGUGUGUUUAUGAAAUCAGGUUCAGCUGUGCCACAGCUCUGUUGUGCACCUUGACUUCUGGGUUUAUGGCUGGGAGGAACUGCUGAAGUGGAAAUUCUUCCUCUCAUUUUGUGUGAAUUCAAAGGAAAGGGGCAAGGAUUAAUGUUCAAAUAAUUACCUUAGUAAAGAGAAUUUUUAAGCCAUUGGAGUGAAUGUCUUAGACUUGAAAACUCUGUGUGUGAAGUUGCAGAUCCUUCUAGUAAAUAUAAGCAUUUUUGGGUAGAUACAAAACUUCAGUUUUUAAGUUACUUGUAGACAUUGGUGAAGCUUAAGAAUAAUUUCCUGCUUCUCUGCCAACCAUUGUAUUCACCAACAUCCACCAUCCUGGAAAUGGAGGAUUUGAUGGUAGAGUUUAUUCCAAAUAUUUUUCUUAUGCUCAGGUGUGGUACAGACCAGGAGGAGAGCUGUGCUGCUCUUUUAUACAGCAUCCUUUAAAAUGCAGCAUUUAUAAAGUAGCCUGCCUGGCUCUGCUUUCAGCUUGAAUGAUAAGCAGGAAAGCAUUUUAAAAAACCACAAGUGCCUGGGGCACAGCUUUUUUCUUCUCACAAGAGGAGGAAAACUUUGUGUAUUCAUUUGAAAGAAAUGAAUAUACAAUAAAUAUGGAAAGAGGACUGUGAGAUAGAGAAAACCAAAACACGGAAGACUUCUGUUCCACUUGUCUGUGGGUGUAUUAAAGGAUGUUCAUCUCCUGAGGGGAAAAGGUUUGAAUAUCUGCUUCACAGGAUUUUUGCAUGUGAAUAACCUGACUUCUGAUAUCCAAAUAAAUUGUUUCAUUAAGAAGCUAAGUGGUUUCUUUAUGUAUAAAGAGACUUUAAGUGGAGGUAAAUGGCUCUGGAACAUAAAUCAUUUGCUAGACUGUUCUCAAGCAGACACUUGUUAGACAGUUCUCCAGCCUUUUGUCUUGCCUCCCUCACCCUAAAAAAAAAAAAAAAAAAUUAAUAAAUAAUUAAAAAGCCUGCCCAGAAAUCAGCAGGUAGGCUAAUUCCUAAAUCAAUAUGGACACUAUUCAGCAGAUCUGUGUCUUUGUCUGAUUUAUGAAUUGUGCUGCUGAGUGUUCAAACCAUAUCCUAUCCUGAAAAAGGUUUUCAGUCUACUGCAGUGGCAUCAUGUAAUUACAGUGGAGCACAUGAUGAUAGUGUUUAAGCCUCAGGAUGCCCUUCAGGGAAGUAGUGCAAAUAAUUAUCUGUGCAUCAGCCCAGAUUUAAAACAAAAAAGAGAGGGGGGAGGAAAAAAAAUCAGUGCUGCUUGGUGGCUGAGUUUUGCGUAUUCCAAUUAACGAUUUUAGAUUUGACUUAAAGUUCUGAAAUUGUUUGGAAGUAGGCCAUCUCCUGCUGAGAUGAAGCAUCAGGCCAUUUUAAAUGAGGCACUGAGCAUGCUCUCUCAGGUCCCCACUGUUUGAGAUUUUGCAGUGUGUGUCUGGGCUGCCUGUGAGAAGAGCUGUCACUCAAGGGGGGUGGCGGAGAGCACAGCAUGCCCUUUUGUCAUCCUUCUAUCAGUGCACAUAUGAUUCCUCUUGGAACUGGCAAGUGGAGAUGUGAGACAAGCCUUGCUGCUUUUGUCAUAAUGAACGAAAAGUAACCUGCAAACAUCCAGUGACAGGACAGCCAUCACAGGACAACUGUAUUUUUGUUGUGAAUGAGCAGACUGCUGCAGCAAUGUCAUCUGAAGAAAAGAAGGAGCGACCAGUAAGCAUGAUAUGUGAAGCAACUAACUAUAAUCUGGCAUCAGAUUAUGCUGCUCAUCCAAUGAGCCCUGUGGGCAGAACAUCACGAUCUUCAAAGAAGGUUCAUAAUUUUGGGAAGAGAUCCAACUCCAUAAAGAGAAAUCCUAAUGCACCAGUUGUCAGACGAGGCUGGCUCUACAAACAGGACAGCACUGGGAUGAAGCUGUGGAAGAAGCGCUGGUUUGUGCUCUCAGAUCUGUGUCUCUUCUACUACAGAGAUGAGAAGGAAGAAGGAAUCCUGGGGAGCAUCCUUCUGCCUAGUUUCCAGAUCUCUGUGCUGUCUGCUGAGGACCACAUCAACCGCAAAUACGCCUUCAAGGCAGCUCAUCCAAACAUGAGGACCUAUUAUUUCUGCACAGAUACAGGGAAGGAAAUGGAGUUGUGGAUGAAAGCCAUGAUAGAUGCAGCACUUGUGCAAACAGAGCCUGUGAAAAGAAUAGAGAAGUUCACUGUUGAAAAUACAUCACCUCGAGAGGCAAAUAACAUUUCAAACCAUCGGGUGCUAAUUAAGCCAGAGGCACAAAACAACCAGAAGAACAGAGAAGUGAACAAAAACGAGGAGAAGAAAGCUUUGGAAGCUGAAAAAUACGGAUUCCAGAAAGUCGGGCAGGAUAAACCAUUAACAAAAAUUAACAGCGUGAAGCUGAACCCUUUGGGAUCCGAGUACAGGACUUUGCCCAUAAGCACAAUUCCAGGUGGGCACUUCAGGCCUGUCCAUUUGAAUGGAUCUGAGAGUAAAUCCAUGGGAGUUGUGCUGGCGGAUGCUGGGGAUGGAGCCCAUCACAACGCGCUGCCGGCGCACGCGGAGUCCGAGCGCGUCAUGCAGAGAACCAACUCCAUGCUGCAGCUGGAGCAGUGGAUUAAAAUCCAGAGGGGGAAAGGACAGGAGGAGGAAACAAGAGGCAUCAUCUCCUACCAGACGCUGCCGAGGAACAUGCCAAGCCAUCGAGCCCAGGUGCUGCCCCGGUACCCAGAGGGGUACAGGACACUGCCAAGGAACAGCAAGACACGUCCAGAAAGCCUCUGCAGCGUCGCUCCCUACGACAGAGCCGUGGGACCCGUGAGCGCCGAGGACAAGCGGCGCUCCAUGCGCGACGACACGAUGUGGCAGCUCUACGAGUGGCAGCAGCGCCAGUUCUACAACAAGCAGACCACUCUCAGCAGGCACAGCACCCUGAGCAGCCCAAAGACCAUGAUCAACAUCUCUGAUCAGACCAUGCACUCCAUCCCCACGUCCCCCUCGCACGGCUCCAUCGCGGGUUUCCAGGGAUACUCCCCGCAGCGGGCGUACCGCUCGGAGGUGUCGUCGCCAGUGCAGAGGGGAGAUGUAACCAUCGACCGCAGGCACAGGACACAUCACACCAAGCAUGUCUUUGUGCCUGACAGAAGGUCGAUGCCAGCAGGUCUGAGUUUACAGCCUGUUACUCCUCAGAGCCUCCAAGGCAAAACACCGGAGGAGCUGACUCUGCUGCUCAUAAAGCUGAGACGGCAGCAGGCGGAGCUGAGUAGUAUCCGGGAGCACACACUAGCACAGCUCAUGCAGCUAAAGCUUGAGGCCAGCAGCCCAAAGAAUGAGAUUCUUUCACAUCACCUCCAAAGGAAUGCCAUAUAUUUGGAUCACCAGAUGAAAGAGAAUGAACCUUUAAUCACCAUGGUUCACACUAUGAUUGAGAACUCGGCGCUAAGACCGCAACUGUACCAUCAAUUAACACAAGAAGAAUGUAGGGGUACACUAUACAAAUAUAGAACUGAAGAGCUGGACAUUGAUGCUAAGCUUAGCCGUUUGUGUGAACAGGAUAAAGUUGUGCAAGCACUGGAGGAGAAGCUUCAACAGCUACACAAGGAGAAAUACACGCUUGAGCAAGCUUUGCUCUCAGCAAGUCAGGAGAUAGAAAUGAAUGCAGAUAACCCAGCAGCCAUACAGAAUGUAGUCCUGCAGAGAGAUGACUUGCAGAAUGGACUGCUCAGCACUUGUCGGGAGGUAUCCCGAGCCACUGCAGAACUGGAAAGAGCUUGGAGAGAAUAUGAUAAAUUGGAGUAUGAUGUAACUGUAACAAGGAACCAUAUGCAGGAGCAGCUCGAUCGGCUUGGAGAAAUUCAGACUGAAUCAGCAGGGAUACAGCGUGCUCAGAUUCAGAAGGAGCUCUGGAGAAUUCAGGAUGUCAUGGAGGGUUUACUUAAACAUAAACAGCAAAGAAGCUCUUCUGAGGCAGGCAUCAUGGUAUCAAGGACAUUUUCUUCCAUUAAAUAUAAAAAUGAGGAAGAGGAAGUAGUCCCACCUCGUCCUCCACUCCCUCGGUCCUAUGACUUUACAGAGCAUCCUCCCAUAAUCCCCCCUCUGCCCAGUGAUAGCAGCUCCUUGCUCUGUUAUAGCAGGGGCCCAGUACAUCUGACAGAAGAAAAGAAGAUGUACCAAGUUCAAGGAUAUCAGAGAAAUGGAUCUUACUGUGGUCCUGAUUAUAGGCUUUAUAAGAGUGAACCCGAGUUAACUACAGUAGCAGAAGUGGAUGAGUCUAAUGGUGAAGAAAAAACAGAACCAGUUUCGGAAUCAGAGUCUUCUGCUAAAGGCUCACAUUUCCCUGUGGGAGUUGUGCCACCCAGAACCAAAUCCCCAACGCCGGAGUCCUCAACAAUAGCAUCCUAUGUCACUCUGAGGAAGAACAAGAAGAUGGAUCUAAGAACGGAAAGACCAAGGAGUGCAGUGGAGCAGCUGUGCCUUGCAGAAGGCUCACGGCCUCGAAUGACUGUGGAGGAGCAGAUGGAAAGAAUAAAGAGGCACCAACAAGCCUGUCUGAGAGAGAAGAGGAAAGGACUCAAUAUUAUUGGGGUGUCAGAGCAGUCUCCCUCCCAGAGCUUGUCCUAUGUCAGGGAUAACCCACUCAAACUGGCACAGAGUCGGAAAAAGGAUGAUACAGUAUCUGGUAACAUGAAGGAGUUAGAGAGCACCGGUAGAGAAAAUAAUUUGAACCAAAAUAAUGGAAGUCCUGGAGAAGAAAUAGCACAACUCAAAAAUGAUGGAGAUCCAGAACAUAAUUCAAGUUUUGCUAAAGAGCUGUCAAAAACUGAUGAUCUUUUAUCAGAUGCACAUGUUGUAUCUGACUCAAAAGAAGGGAGUAAUGAAGAGAAAGCAGAAAAGAAAAAGAAAUUGGAAGAAACACAUGAUGGUGAUACAAGCAGCUUGCAGAGUGUGACCACAGUUGCAAACCACAAACCCAAAAGCAGCUCAGAGGAAAGUGAAAUACUCAGUGUUCAAGAACAAGAAGGGAUUGUGUCUUCAUUUGAAUUAGCAGCACAGCCUUCAAAAGGAAACCAGGCAGCAGCAGUGAAAAGCUUGCCUUCCUCACCAGAAUCGUCCCUGUCACCAGCUCCAUCCACACAGACCCAGCUCACAGAGGGAUCCCAUUUCAUCACUAACGACUUCCGUUGAAACAAUUCAUGCCUGAGAUGUAUGGAGCUGACCUAUGAAAAUAAGAGAAGAUAUUGUACAGUAUAUUUUAAAUCUAUGAAAUUCAUAGUUCUGAUGCUUUUGGCCACAGAGCAUCGUUUUAUCACUUCCUGGAAAAUGUUUAUUCCAAGAGAGCUUUAAAUGGCCCACGUGUACACUCAACAACCUUCAGAUUGUUCUCCUGAUACCAGCUUGCUGCUACGAUUUCUGUGCACAUAAAACAAAGGCUCUUUUUAAUGUGCAGCCUACAGUCAGAACUUUAUUUGCUAUUCUUCAGAAGUUAAUGUUCUUUUAAUGACGGAUCACAUAAGUUUACUUUUUUUGCUUCUUUUAGAUGCAUAAUUCGGUUAAUUUUACAUAUCACCACUAAACCUUGUUUUACACUUUUUCAACAUUACAAUUUAUCAUUUUAACAAUUUAUUUGUAAAAUUUUUAUAUAUAUAUACAUAUAGAUAUAUUUAAAAUGUGCCAUUUUUAUUAUUGCUUAGUAAGAGAUGUCCUGUUUCUGCUGUAAUGAUUUCUUGGUCAGGUUGCAAUGUCAGCAGUUACUGCCACACUUCUGUCAACAUAGACAUUAAUGUUAGUGGUUCCUUUUUCUUGACUAAAAUGGAGUGUAGGUAUUUUGAGGUACUGGGCUUUUCCUUGAUGGGGUUGGGGUGUGUACAGCAAUAAGCAGGUUUUCAAUCCAGUACUUAGUUUGUGUACAAAUGUAAUUAUGUUCAUUGUGUAUAUAUUAUACAAUGAGCACAUACGAUGUAAGUAUAAGAAGCCACUUAUUAUUGUUCAAAUAAGAAUGUUCAUAUCCCAUUUCUUUUAUAUCAUAUUAAAUAAAUGUUGAUGUUCUUAAGGACUUGUAUGGUUAGUAUUUCUUCCAGCAAACAGAUGUCACACUGUGUUCCACCUUUUGAUGUGGGGAAUGCAACAAUUCCUACCCCACUGGCAACAUCACCUGUCAAGCAGAGUAGCAGUGACAGACUCUUAAGAGAUCCCAGUCUUCCUCUUCAGGAAAGAAUUCAGGCUGCAACACAGAACAAAACAGACAACCUGAGACUGAGAUGCAAGAAAUACAGGUUCAGCUCCUGGCUCUCUCAGACUUGUGUUGUGAUACUGGAAUAAUCACUUAGUCAUUCUGCUCCUCCAUUCCCUGCCUGUUUACACGGGAGCUAAUAGCCUGUCUUAGUGGGGUGUGGCGAGCAGUAAUUCAAUAUUUGCAAACGCUGAUUGCCAAGUUCACUGGGGUUAAGGAGAGAAGUGUGAUGAUUCCUGGCGGCUUUGGCAUCUGCAUAGCAUCUUCCGGAAACUGAAAGAAAACCUGAAAUAAUCUGUCAGGUGUUGUCACACUGCAGAUGUUACCAGCUUCGCUGUUCCGUCUCACACAGCUGCCUGACUGCCUCAGACAAAAGAGGGUUAGAAAAAAGCUAAGAGAAACAAAAAUAUUUCAGGGAAAGCUUUUGAAUCUUAAGAUGUAAAGCUAAGGAAUCUUUUGCAGGUUCAGGCAACUGCUGUGUGCUUCAGUGCAUGUGUGUUCCAUAAGUGGUAAGGCAAGUUUCACAGGAAGGCAGCUGCCAGCUCCUGUUGUGCUUUUUUUUAAUCAUACAGAUCAUAUCCUGAUCAAGUUAAUAUUGCUGUUCUAGAAGCUAUGUAAUUCCUUGUGCUGUUCCACAGAGGAGUGCCUGAUACUGUCUCACAGUUUGAAAUUACUUUACCAUUGCCCCUCUCCCCAAGCAGGAGUUUGUGUCGGUUGGAUUCUUCUGGCAUUCCCGGCUCUGCCGCCGGUUCUUCCUGGUGCUCUUUGCCACAGAGGUACAGAGUAUGUUGUCUGGCUACCUGUUGUUCUGCCAUUUUCUCUGAAAAGUAAAAAGACAGGGAUCAGAAUUCAGCAGCAGAGCCUGGAGGGGUCACAGUGGAAGAGGAGGCUGAAGGAAAGAUGAAUGAUGAUGCAGGCAGCAUCGAGCUGAAAAGUUACCACAUUGCCCUCUUUUUUUGGAGCAGCAGCCCUAAAUUAGUGCAUCCUUCCAUCCAAAAGACAGAGCAAAGAGGAGGAAUGUGAUUUUAUUGCACAACCAACGGAGGCUUGAGUGUUCAGUGGCAUCACUGGAACACCUGAGGCCAAGCAGAUAGGACACACCCUGUUCUCUCCCUAACCCUUCUAGAGAGAGCUGGUUUUGCUGUCGAGUUUUGCAAUCUCUUUCUGCCCUUGCUGCCAAGAAAAGAAUUGCAACCAAUAAAGGAAAGAAUGACUAAGUGAUUUCUGGACUUUUACAGAUGUUGCCUGUGUCUAAAGCCAUUGUUGGUUUGGUAUAUCUGCAAGGAACAUGCAGUUUAUAAUGGAGCUGGGCAAGUGGGGGACAAUGAGCAAGUUUUGCUGGCAGAACUGUUGGCAAAGACAGCAGAGGUGAAUGAUGCAGGAAUGUAGUAAUGAUCAUAGACUAUAAUUUCACUUCCUGUGGGCACUUGCUGCAAAGACUUGGAGUUUCAUUAGGUGCUCUAUUUUUUUGUCUUAUGGAAAAAAUUAGUAAUAAAUGUAUGGCUCUGUGUUAUCACAGAGCAUCUACUGUUUCUUACCUCAUCAGAAUAACUCAUCCCAGUGAUCAUACUCCUGAGAUAUAGAAAUAUCAGAGUACUGAUAUGGUCAGCCUUCAAACAUCUAUUUUAAGUUUGUAUCUAGGAUAUUUUUAUAUUUCUGACUGAUUGCUUUAUUGGCUAUUGCACUGACACUUGUAUAUAUAGAACGUGCUUUUUUUUCAAAAGCAAGAGUCCUUAGGAAUAAUGCAACACAUUCUCUACAGAUGUUCAUGCUUUUCAGAACCAAUUACAUCUAUUUUUGUCUUUUGUUCACCAUUUGCAUUGUUCCAAGGCUACCAGAGAAUGUGAAUCUUUAAAGUCCCUUAAUAAAGUGACAUUACUCAAAAAGUUA